CGCGCGGGCUACCUCAGUUCUCGGGCGUACGGCGCGGCCUGUCCUACCGCCGCCGGCGCCGCGGCCGUCAUGGGGUUCCUGAAACUGAUUGAGAUUGAGAACUUUAAGUCGUACAAGGGUCGACAGAUUAUCGGACCAUUUCAGAGGUUCACCGCCAUCAUUGGACCCAAUGGCUCUGGUAAGUCAAAUCUCAUGGAUGCCAUCAGCUUUGUGCUAGGUGAAAAAACCAGCAACCUGCGGGUAAAGACCUUGCGGGACCUGAUCCAUGGAGCUCCUGUGGGCAAGCCAGCUGCCAACCGGGCCUUUGUCAGCAUGGUCUACUCUGAGGAGGGUGCUGAGGACCGUACCUUUGCCCGUGUCAUUGUAGGGGGUUCUUCUGAGUACAAGAUCAACAACAAAGUGGUCCAACUACAUGAGUACAGUGAGGAAUUAGAGAAGUUGGGCAUUCUCAUCAAAGCUCGUAACUUCCUCGUUUUCCAGGGUGCUGUGGAAUCUAUUGCCAUGAAGAACCCCAAAGAGAGGACAGCUCUAUUUGAAGAGAUUAGUCGUUCUGGGGAGCUGGCGCAGGAGUAUGACAAGCGAAAGAAGGAAAUGGUGAAGGCUGAAGAGGACACACAGUUUAAUUACCAUCGCAAGAAAAAUAUUGCGGCUGAACGCAAGGAAGCAAAGCAGGAGAAAGAAGAGGCUGACCGCUACCAGCGCCUGAAGGAUGAGGUAGUACGGGCUCAGGUACAGCUGCAGCUCUUUAAGCUUUACCAUAAUGAAGUGGAAAUUGAGAAGCUCAACAAGGAACUGGCCUCAAAGAACAAGGAGAUCGAGAAGGACAAGAAGCGUAUGGACAAGGUGGAGGAUGAGCUGAAGGAGAAGAAGAAGGAGCUGGGCAAAAUGAUGCGGGAGCAGCAGCAGAUUGAGAAGGAGAUCAAGGAGAAGGACUCAGAAUUGAACCAGAAGCGGCCUCAGUACAUCAAAGCCAAGGAGAACACCUCCCACAAAAUCAAGAAGCUGGAAGCAGCCAAGAAGUCUCUGCAGAAUGCUCAGAAGCACUACAAGAAGCGUAAAGGUGACAUGGAUGAGCUGGAGAAGGAGAUGCUGUCAGUGGAGAAGGCCCGGCAGGAGUUUGAAGAACGGAUGGAAGAAGAGAGUCAGAGUCAGGGCAGAGAUUUGACCUUGGAGGAGAAUCAGGUGAAGAAAUACCACCGGUUGAAAGAAGAAGCCAGCAAGAGAGCGGCUACCCUGGCCCAGGAGCUGGAGAAAUUCAAUCGAGACCAGAAAGCUGACCAGGACCGUCUGGAUCUGGAAGAACGGAAGAAAGUAGAGACAGAGGCCAAGAUCAAGCAAAAGCUGCGGGAAAUUGAAGAGAAUCAGAAGCGGAUUGAGAAACUGGAGGAAUACAUCACCACUAGCAAGCAGUCCCUAGAAGAGCAGAAGAAGCUAGAGGGGGAGCUGACAGAGGAGGUGGAGAUGGCCAAGCGGCGUAUUGAUGAAAUCAAUAAGGAGCUGAACCAGGUGAUGGAGCAGCUAGGGGAUGCCCGCAUCGACCGCCAGGAGAGCAGCCGCCAGCAGCGAAAGGCAGAGAUAAUGGAAAGCAUCAAGCGCCUUUACCCUGGCUCUGUGUACGGCCGCCUCAUUGACCUAUGCCAGCCCACACAAAAGAAGUAUCAGAUUGCUGUAACCAAGGUUUUGGGCAAGAACAUGGAUGCCAUUAUUGUGGACUCGGAGAAGACAGGCCGGGACUGUAUUCAGUAUAUCAAGGAGCAGCGUGGGGAGCCUGAGACCUUCUUGCCUCUUGACUACCUGGAGGUAAAGCCUACAGAUGAGAAACUCCGGGAGCUGAAGGGGGCCAAGCUAGUGAUUGAUGUGAUUCGCUAUGAGCCACCUCAUAUCAAAAAAGCCCUGCAGUAUGCUUGUGGCAAUGCCCUUGUCUGUGACAACGUGGAGGAUGCCCGCCGCAUUGCCUUUGGAGGCCACCAGCGCCACAAGACAGUGGCACUGGAUGGAACCCUAUUCCAGAAGUCAGGAGUGAUCUCUGGUGGGGCCAGUGACCUGAAGGCCAAGGCGCGGCGCUGGGAUGAGAAAGCAGUAGACAAGUUGAAAGAGAAGAAGGAGCGCUUGACAGAGGAGCUGAAAGAGCAGAUGAAGGCAAAACGGAAAGAGGCAGAGCUGCGUCAGGUGCAGUCUCAGGCCCAUGGACUGCAGAUGCGGCUCAAGUACUCCCAGAGUGACCUAGAACAGACCAAGACACGACAUCUAGCUCUGAAUCUGCAGGAAAAAUCCAAGCUGGAGAGUGAGCUAGCCAACUUUGGGCCUCGCAUUAAUGAUAUCAAGAGGAUCAUUCAGAGCCGAGAGAGGGAAAUGAAAGACUUGAAGGAGAAGAUGAACCAGGUUGAGGAUGAGGUGUUUGAAGAGUUUUGUCGGGAGAUUGGUGUGCGCAACAUCCGGGAGUUUGAGGAAGAGAAGGUGAAACGGCAGAAUGAAAUCGCCAAGAAGCGUUUGGAGUUUGAGAAUCAGAAGACUCGCUUGGGCAUUCAGUUGGAUUUUGAAAAGAACCAACUGAAGGAGGACCAAGAUAAAGUACACAUGUGGGAGCAGACAGUGAAAAAAGAUGAAAAUGAGAUAGAAAAGCUCAAAAAGGAGGAACAAAGACACAUGAAGAUCAUAGAUGAGACCAUGGCUCAGCUACAAGACCUGAAGAAUCAGCAUCUGGCCAAGAAGUCGGAAGUGAAUGACAAGAAUCAUGAGAUGGAGGAGAUUCGUAAGAAACUGGGGGGCGCCAACAAGGAAAUGACUCAUUUACAGAAGGAGGUGACAGCCAUUGAGACCAAGCUUGAACAGAAGCGCAGUGACCGUCACAACUUGCUACAGGCCUGUAAGAUGCAGGACAUUAAGUUGCCACUGUCAAAAGGCACCAUGGAUGAUAUUAGUCAGGAAGAGGGUAGCUCCCAGGGGGAGGACUCAGUGAGUGGUUCACAGAGAAUUUCCAGUAUCUAUGCACGAGAGGCCCUCAUUGAGAUUGACUACGGUGAUCUGUGUGAGGAUCUGAAGGAUGCCCAGGCUGAGGAAGAGAUCAAGCAAGAGAUGAACACACUGCAGCAGAAGCUGAACGAGCAGCAGAGUGUGCUUCAGCGUAUUGCCGCCCCCAACAUGAAGGCCAUGGAAAAGCUGGAAAGUGUCCGAGACAAGUUCCAGGAGACCUCAGAUGAGUUUGAAGCAGCCCGAAAGCGAGCAAAAAAGGCCAAGCAGGCAUUCGAACAGAUCAAGAAGGAGCGCUUUGACCGCUUCAAUGCUUGUUUUGAAUCUGUGGCUACCAACAUUGAUGAGAUCUAUAAGGCCCUGUCCCGCAAUAGCAGUGCCCAGGCAUUCCUGGGCCCUGAGAACCCUGAAGAGCCCUACUUGGAUGGCAUCAACUACAACUGUGUGGCUCCUGGGAAACGCUUCCGGCCUAUGGACAACUUGUCAGGGGGGGAGAAGACAGUGGCAGCUCUGGCCCUGCUCUUUGCCAUCCACAGCUACAAGCCAGCCCCCUUCUUCGUCCUGGAUGAGAUCGAUGCUGCCUUGGAUAACACCAACAUUGGCAAGGUGGCAAAUUACAUCAAGGAGCAGUCGACUUGCAACUUCCAGGCCAUCGUCAUCUCUCUCAAGGAGGAGUUCUACACCAAGGCCGAGAGCCUCAUUGGAGUCUAUCCUGAGCAAGGGGACUGUGUGAUCAGCAAAGUCCUGACCUUCGACCUCACCAAGUACCCAGAUGCCAACCCCAACCCCAAUGAGCAGUAGCAGUAGUUCUGCCCUCCCGCCCUGUCUGGAUUCCUAAGCUGUCCCUCUCCCAAUCUCUGGAUAUUUGACUCCCAACCUUCCCCCUACCUCCUGGCCCUUUUUGGUGUAGUCAUGGGAUUUAGGCACUGCUAAUCAAGCAUGAAGAGGAACAGAGGUGAUGUUAGGUCUGGAGCAGAAAUUCCUGAACGACAGGGAGUAUUCUGGCCUCCGAAAGGAGGUGCUGAGCUGAACAGGGCCAUCUGUUCAUCACACACACCCCCUUCCUCCCCCUCAUCACCCAUAAUCGUGGGCCCCUUGGGCCUCUUGCCCACUGUGUGUGUGGGUAUAUAUGUGUGUGUGUAUGUAUCCGCAUGUGUGCAUGUGAGUAUGUUUGCAAAAUAAUAAAGGAUAUUGGAGACCUGUUUUAGAAGGAGCCUAGGCUGAAUUUGAUUCCAAGAGAGCUUAGGAUGACAGCACCCCUGAGCUGGGCAAAGGUACUCAGGACCUCAUAGGAGUCUUAGGCAGUUACCUGAAACUGCCUUCAUUCACUCAUUUGUGUAUUCAUUCAUUUAUGUAUUCAUCAGACACAUACUGAACACCCUCUAUUUGUCAGGCUCUGUGCUUGGAAUACAGAGUUGAAUCAGACAUGAUCUCUACCCUCCUAGUAAGGAGAUACAGUGGGUUCAUGAAUGACUAUAGUUAGCUGAAUGUCAUAUGUACUUUGAAUUUGAGAAGAGGGUGAUCCCCUCUAGGCUUCCUGGAGGUCACAUUUAAGCUAGACCUUGACAAAUUGGUAGGAUUUGGUCAGGCACUAGGAGUGGAGCAUGAGCUCUGGGGACAGACAGUUAUGGGUUCUGGUCCCACUUUUUGUCACUUACUAGUUGUUUGACCUUGGGCAAGUCAUUUGACCUUCUGUGCCUCAGUUUCCUCAUCUGUAAAAUGGGGCUAACAAUAUUACCUACCUCAUAGGAUUUAAUGAUGUCAAGCUCCUCACUGGAGGCCUUAUCCGUUCGUGGAGCCCACUAGGUGCCGACCCCUCAGAAUAUAACCCUCAUGCCUGGACCCCUGAGAGCUUCUGAUCCCAGCUGUUAGGGACAGAAGAAGCCUCCAAAUCUGGAAGGUGCUGAAUGCCCUGCUGACUGGGAAAGUUUCAGGGCACUGAUGGGGUCUACCUGGUAAGUGGAAGGCCUGAGGAAACCUGUAGCUUCAAUCAUGUCUGGUAACCGGGUGCCUGAGCCCCAAUCUGGGUUGUGAGGAAAUAGGGGAGAGGUAUCCUGGGCCACAUCCCAGCCUAACACGUGUGAGGUUCAUUUUAGGAACUAACCUCAUUAGCUAUAAGGAUCAUGAAGAGGCAGCAAAGCCGGGUGCGAUGAGCUCAGCCUUUACUCAUUCACAUACACCAUCACACUUUAAUUCCAAUCUGUAUAUUGCUUUUUAAAAGUUAAGUCCAUUCUAAUUACCCAAAUAAUGCAUGAAUUCAUUCUCCUUUUGAGAAAUUAGAUUGUUAAAGAUAGUCUCAUUCAGCUACCAACCACUCCCCCUCUUGAUCCUUCCCCUCUUAGUGGCUGUUGUUUGUUGUACUUCCGUUUAGACUUUGUUUUAAUGCUUGUACGUACAUAUGUGAACUCAUUGGAAAUAUUGUGUGUUUAAUGCAAAUGAUAUAUUGAAUUGUUUAGCAAUUUGUUUUCUUUGCUUAACGAUGUUUUUGAGAUCUGUGCAUGUUACUUAAUGUAGCUCAAUCCAUCUUCUGUAAUUGCUGUAUAGAUUGUCAUCAUAUGAUUACCACAUUUUACUUAUGCAUUUCUCUUGUGAUGGACAUUAAGACUGUUUUUAGGUUUUGCUAUUACAAAAUACUACACAGGAGCGUCCCUAUGCCUGUGUGAAAGUGUAUGUGUGAAAGUUUACCUAGGGUUGAUUCCUAGAAGUGGAAUUGCAAAGUCAUAGGAUAUUUAUAUAUUGGUUUUUAAUAAUACUUCCAAAUUGCCCUCCUGUACUAUUUACUCAGUAUUUUUCUUGAGGUUGAUCUGAGGUCUAACAUUGUUAUCCUAUAUCAUUUUCAUCCCAAGUAGUGAUAUCUGUGAAAUCGCAGGUUUGAUGUGUGCUAAUUAUGUAUUUUUCUAAUACAUAUUAAAAGACGUAACUAUCAAAACAAAAUAAA